CCAAUCUCGAUCAUCACCAAAAGUACGAUCACGAAAUUAUGUGAUCAUACAUGGAGAUCAACAGUGAAUGUGAAAGGAUCGAUUUUCGAUUUAAGAAACUUGAUUCAUAAUAACUUGGAACAAAUCGAAUUAGGUUUAAACAUGUUAGAAUCUUUAAGACAAUAUCAAUGUUUGGCUGUAGAAGAAUGUUUGAUUGGAUUUGGAUCUUCGAAUGGAGGUGGUAGGUUAGGUAGAUCGAUUGAAUGGAGUAUUGGGGCUACUGAAUUGGAAAUCGAAGCUAGAAGGAAAAUCAUGGGUGAAAGAAAAAGAGGGAAUGGAAGAUGAUCAUGAUGGAAGAAUGCGAAAGGGGUUUUUUUUUCUUGGGUUUUGAAUGUAUGUUUUUUUUUGUUUGGAAAAAAGAGAAAUAUUUUAAUGAUUGGAAGUCACGGUCGAACUUGAUCAAAAUAAAAUCAAUAAUUCCAAAAAAAAAUCAUGAAAUAGUUUUUUUUUAAGUUGAAAACUUUUUUAUAGAUUUAUUAAAUCCAAUUUGUUUAAAUAGAUUUUUAAUUAAGUGUUUUAUCUGACUAUUUCUUUAAAAAUAGGGUUUUGAUUUAGUAUACUUAUAUAUAUGUGGAUUUGUUAUUUUUUUUGAAAGAAAAGUUGAUAUGUUUAUUAUACAAAAGAAACUUUUGGGUUGGAAUUGAAUACAUUAAAGAGAAUUGAAAAAGGGUUUGAUUGGGUUGAAAUGUAUCUUGCAUUAUACAUGAG